AUGGCCGAGAAGUGCGCACAGGCCGGAUGUGGCAAUUGGGCUUUGAGUGGUAGUCGCUACUGCGCUACCCACAGGCCUCCUGGUUCCCAGAGAAGACCUGCCGUGGAAUCCAACAUCGAUGGAGUACGAGCUCCCGAAGUCGCAACUGACAGUCACGAGCGCACGGCUGCCUGA